GAGGACCAGAGGAAGGAAGGAGGACCAGAGAGGAGGCUGUGCAGAAAGGAAGGAGGACCAUGGAGGGGAUGCAGGCGUACGGAGCCGGGAAAGCCGGAGGAGCCUUCGACCCCGUCACCUUCUUCCAGCAGCCUCAGACCGUCCUCCGCAUCGUGUCGUGGCUCUUUUCCAUCGUGAUCUUCGGCUGCAUCGCCAACGAGGGCUACAUCAACCGCCCCAACGAAGUGGAGGAGUACUGCAUCUUCAACCGCAACCAGAACGCCUGCAACUACGGCGUCUUCAUGGGCUCCAUGGCCUUCCUCUGCUGCAUGGCCUUCCUGGCUCUGGACGUCUACUUCCCCCAAAUCAGCAGCGUCAAAGAUCGAAAGAAGGCCGUGCUGGCCGACGUCGGGUUGUCAGCGUUCUGGUCCUUGAUGUGGUUUGUGGGUUUCUGCCUGUUGGCCAACCAGUGGCAGGUGACCCAGCACGAGGACAACCCGCUGAGGGAGGGAGGCGACGCCGCCCGGGCCGCCAUCACCUUCUCCUUCUUCUCCAUCUUCACCUGGGCGGGCCAGUCCUUCCUGGGCUUCCAGAGGUACAAGCUGGGGGCCGACUCGGCCCUCUUCUCCCAGGAAUACACGGACCCCAGCCAGGACGCAGCCGGAGCCCCGUACACCUCCUUCGGGGGGGAGGACGUGGAGAGCCCCGUGGGGGGGGCAGGGGGGGGCCAGGCCCACAGCGAGGGGGCCUUUGACGGUACUGGAGGCUACCAGCGCCAGGACUACUGA